UUAAUAAAAUUUUAAAAAAGUGCAGAACACUAAAAAAUUACAAAUAUUCUCUUCUCCCUCUAGCUUUUACCUUAUUUAAUUUUUUUAAAAUUUUAUUAUUUUUUUCCUGUGUUGAACAGGCAGAGAGGAGAUGAUUCAUGAUUUUGGUGUCUCUAGCCAUUUAGAUCUCAUCACUGAUUUUUAUACCAUUCUUUGUUGUAUUGCACAGAUAAACUUCAACCCGAUAGCAUUGGACUCUCCCUGAAAUGGUUCUUUCUCUCUCUCUCUUUCUCUCGCUUGUGAGCUUUCUCUGAAUCCUCUCAGCUUCAACCAACCAAAACUGGUUGAUCUGAUUGGUUAGUACUCCAGAUUGGUUUUGCUUUUACUCAGUUGUGGUCAAUUCUCUGCAUUUGAGACACUGAAGGUUGAUUGGGAGUCGUAAUUCUUCUGCACAGCUGAAUUGUAUGAAUUGUUGAUUUAUAAUUAGGAUUGCAAUUCAUGUGCCUGGUACUUAGUAUGAUGCUAGCUGUGUAGUGAACUUAAGUCCUGUUCUUGGACUUGGGAUAGUGUGAGUGCUGAUUGGGAUGAUUCUCUGUGAAAGAUCUCCCAGAAGUUUCUAUCAAUGCUUGUAGGAAUUGUGCGGAUUCAUGGUAACAUAUAUAGAAGCUUAUAUGUUACGAUAGGUUAUGGUUUUCACAGUUCUUCGAGAGGUAGGUUGACGUUAGUUAUUUAGUGGAUUCUGAAACAAUUUGGACAUGAGAAGCCGCUGGUUUACUAAACCAUCUGUCAUUUUCGGCCCUAGACCACCACAUAGUUGGUUGUUGUUGUGCCUCAUUUGUGUGCUUGUGCUGAUCGCUAUCUUAGGAUCCACUUCUUCGAGUGCAUUUGAUUCUGUAACUAACACUCCACUACCUGACAUUUAUUCCAACUAUAGAAGGUUAAAGGAGCAAGCAGCAGUUGAUUAUUUGGAGUUGAGAACCCUCUCAUCAGGAGCUAGUAGGCAAAAAGAGCUGGGAUUUUGUGGCAGAGAAAGAGAAAAUUAUGUGCCUUGUUACAAUGUCACAGCAAAUUUGUUGGCUGGGUUUAAAAAUGGAGAGGAGCUUGAUAGGCAUUGUGAAAUGUCAAGACCAAGAGAACGGUGUUUGCUUCGCCCUCCUAAGGACUAUAAGAUCCCCUUAAGGUGGCCAGCUGGUAGAGAUGUGAUAUGGAGUAAUAAUGUGAAGCUUACCAAGGAUCAUUUUCUUUCAUCUGGAAGCAUGACCAAAAGGUUGAUGUUAUUGGAAGAGAAUCAAAUUGCUUUUCACUCAGAAGACGGGUUGAUUUUUGAUGGUGUCAAAGACUAUUCUCGCCAGAUUGCAGAGAUGAUUGGUUUAGGAAGUGACUCUGAAUUUCUUCAAGCUGGUGUGCAAACUGUACUAGACAUUGGUUGUGGAUUUGGUAGCUUUGGAGCUCAUUUAGUGUCACUGAAGUUAAUGGCUGUUUGUAUUGCGGCAUAUGAAGCAACUGGGAGUCAAGUUCAGCUGGCCCUUGAGAGAGGUCUUCCAGCAAUUAUUGGCAAUUUCAUCUCACGUCAACUUCCAUAUCCAUCAUUAUCGUUUGACAUGGUUCAUUGUGCUCAAUGUGGCAUUAAUUGGGAUGAAAAAGAUGGUAUCUUCCUCAUUGAAGUUGAUCGAGUUCUCAAACCUGGAGGUUACUUUGUUUUAACCUUGCCAAUGAGCAAGCCACAUGGAAGAUCAUCGAACUCAAAGAGGAGAAACACAGUGACACUAAAAGAAGAGUUAACUGAAAAAAUAUGUUGGACUCUUCUAGCUCAGCAGGAAGAGACUUUCAUUUGGCAAAAAACCAUAGAUGUCCAUUGCUAUAGAUCUCGUAAGCAGGAUACUCCACCACUGUGCAGUGAUGGGCCUGAUACUUCUCCAUAUUAUCACCCCCUUGUGGGAUGUAUAACUGGGACGCCCAGCAAACGCUGGAUUCCCAUUCAGAACAAGUCUUCGGGUUCCCAAUUAAGCUCAGCCAAGCUUCAAGUUCAUGGAGUUCAGCCUGAAGAUUUCUUUGAAGACUUGCAGUUUUGGGGAUCAGCUCUAAGAAACUAUUGGUCUUUGCUUACACCCUUAAUUUUCUCUGAUCAUCCUAAGAGGCCAGGUGAUGAAGAUCCAUUACCUCCCUAUAACAUGAUACGUAAUGUGAUGGACAUGAAUGCUCACUAUGGGGGUUUAAAUGCUGCAUUUCUGGAGCAAAAGAAAUCAGUGUGGGUAAUGAAUGUUGUGCCUGUUUGGGCUCGUAACACACUUCCUCUGAUACUGGACCGAGGUUUUGCUGGUGUUUUGCAUGAUUGGUGCGAGCCCUUCCCUACAUACCCCCGUACAUAUGACAUGCUUCAUGCAAAUGGGCUUCUCUCAAAUCUCAGUUCAGAUAGGUGCAGCAUGAUGGACCUGCUUUUAGAGAUGGAUCGAAUUCUACGCCCCGAGGGAUGGAUUGUUCUUUCUGAUAAAUUGGGAGCUAUUGAGAUGGCUCGGGCACUGGCCACACAGAUACACUGGGAAGCUAGGGUGAUUGACUUGCAGAAUGGCAGUGACCAGCGGCUACUUGUUUGCCAAAAACCAUUUGUGAGAAAAUGAUUGAGUUAGCAUCAGGGGUCUCACCAAUCACCAAAGUGUACAAUCUUUCUUUUAAGCUCUGCUUCACUAUGCGGCCUCGACCAUGAAAAUCCAGGGAAGCUGUAGAAUAGAAUGGAUGCUGGCUGCACAAGUAGCUGGGAAGCAUGCAAUUUUUGUCAAAGCAUUUGUGGUUAUUCAUUCAUCAUAUUUUUAAAACAAAAUUCUUGUGAGUGUUAUUUUUCUUCCCUUGAAACUUUACUAAAUAUUGGACAUAAUGACUCUGUAUUGAUCAAUCACACUACCUGUCGAGGGGGAAAUGCCAGACGAUGAAAUGAUAGUUACACUCGAUAUUCUCUCUCGGGUUGGACUUGGAUUCAGGAUUUGAAUCUCUCUCUACAUAUAAUUUUUUGUAGUUGGAGGAGGCUAGAAGCCUAAAGGGUUUAUCAAAUUUUAUAGUUUCAGUUUAGAAGGUUAGAGUGAAUAUGUUUAGAGUGAAAAAUUCUGUAUCUGAACUCAGUAUUUUCUUCUAUGCUUUUAUUUCUUAUAUAGUGAAAUUAAUUGACAUUGUUUAA